UGGAAGUAAAAAAACAAGCAACGGCUAUUAACUGCCAAGACAACAUUUUUUGCUCAAGAAGGUCCUGAGCUGCAAAUCAGUGGAAAAUGGGGAAAUACACUGAGAAACUUCGAUACUUACUGGCGCAGCUCUUCCGUCUCUUCCCCAGGCGUCUGCCAGCAGCUGCAAUUUUUUUUCCCCAGGAAGAGCAAAAACACAGUGCCACUCCCCCUCCCUGCCUUGCAAUGACACAGAAGCAUUUCUUGCUUUGGGGGAAACAGCAGGGGUCAGUUCACCCCAGGGCUAGGGACCACCCUCAUUUCAGGAAAGUCACUUUCUUCAUCAGGGUAUCACCCUUGCUACAUCACAGGGGAGGGGUUGGGUUAGCAGGACUUUGGUUCAGUCCUGGUAUGGCUAUGUCCUCUUUGUGAAGGUCACUUUUCACACUCACCUGGCCAUACCAGCAGAUAAGCCCUGGGUAGGUGUAACUGGAGGAAAGGCAGGCAGUAGAUCUGCGUUUCUCAAAGCAGAGCAAACAAGCAGCAGCUCUGCUGGAGACAUGGGGUUGCCAUGAUGCCUGCCAGGCGGAUGCCCUCAAAAAUCAGAUCCAACUUGAUUACAAGCCUCACAGCUGGAAUGAAAGAUGGGGAAGUGCUAAGCUUGGUGCUCCUUUUGUCAUAGAAUUAAGGAGAAUGGCCAUAAGCAUCUAUUGCUGCUAGGGGGGGCCAUUCCCAACUCCAGCCCUCCCUCAGUGGCUGCCCACCUGGCUUUCCACUGCUAUGCCAAAGACAUGGUAGGUGGCAGAACCGUGUCCACUACCUUUACCUCUUGCACCUGCCUAGGCACAUGCCCAAAGCUUGGGCUUUGGAAAGAGAGCGGUGAAAUAAGGAAGAAAAAGCACAGCACAAAUUCUGUAAAUACCAAGUAGGCUCUUUCCUGGAAAACAUCUAUGUCUCAUGGUAAUACAUUUGCUUUUAUGUUUCCUUGGAACAUCACAAAGAGAGGCAACAUUAUGAUCAUGUCUCAUAAACCCAUUCCUAUUGUUUACUAGGUAAUAAGUUAAUAACAUGAGAAGUACAUUCCCAGGGAGACGGAUGGCUCAUUCCAUUCAGAACUAUAGCCUGCAAACCUUCCUAAUCUACAAAAUCCAAUAGCCUCUCACUGACUCGUUAGUCAUCAUGAUGCAUUGGCUAUCAUCAGCAGUCCUGUGCAAGAAGUGCCCUGCAUCCACUGGAAGACAACAGCAGAAUUUAGUAAGUCGUGUUGGGAUUUCUUGGCUGUUAGAAUUUCUCCUAAUACUGUAAGCAAAAACAUAACAUUGAUGAAAGAACAAGUAGCAGGAUCCUCACUAUAUGCCACAAACACUGCAAAUAGAACCCUGGAUGGGCUCUUGGGAGGUAUCGGGUCUGGUUUUUUCACCGUUCCAUACGGUGGAAGGCUGGAACAGUGGAAGCUGAUAGCUUCUUUUACAAGCAAUUAGAUCCAUCAGAAAACCCAGUGAAUAGUCUCUGCCUCCCUUGUUAGCAAGUCUUCUAUAUUUCCAACUAGCCAUUCAGCAGUGAAACUCAAUGCCUAGAAGUGUAAAAGGAUCAUUUAGGUUGAAACUGAUAAACCAACCUGAAGGUGCAGGUUUAACCUCUUCUGUGUAUUGUUGGUUUUGGGGUUUUUUUUUCCAUUUAAUUUCUCUCAGCUCAGCAGCAUUGUUUCUAAGCAACAGGAGAAAGCUGCAGUCUUGCGUGAAGCCAUAGCCUAAUUUCCCUGGCACACAAACUGAGUGGCAGAGGGAAGAAAGGAACAGCAACAUCAAGAGCGAAUUCCUCUUCAUAGAUACCUGAAGUCAGAGAGGCUCCAAACCCAGAUCCUGAGGCCUGUUCCAACAGCUGACACAGAUCCCACUAAGCUUAUGUUACAGUGACAGCUAAAGUAUGGAAAGAAAACGCCUGAAGAAAGAGAUUGAAAAACUCCUUCUGCAGCAUGAUACCUGACUGCAUAUGUGACAGUAGAGAUGUCAAAGCCCAGAACUUGCUCUGUGUCAGUGGGAAUGACCAGGGGGGUGCAGAGUUUCUCCCUUGCAAUGCAGCCAGUGCAGCUGCUGUCUGUAAGGGGUCUCCUAGUUCAUGCAGCAGUGUCUCAUGCUCUUUGAUGCAGGAGUGCCCAGCAGACAGCUCCUAGGGGAGGGGAGAUUAUGUUGGCAUCAGACUACGAGAAAAUUAAUUUGAUCCAAGAGGACAAAGGCAGCCCACCUCUCUAGAUGACAUGGUCCAUUACAACUUAGCCUUCAGUGUUGCAUUGCUGUGGCUAAGUGACAUGGAUGCUCAGACUGCACUGACAAGAGACAAAAUGAAUUUUGCAGCUCACAACCGAUACACAUAUCCCAACCGAAUUGAGAGAGAAGCUAUGAUAUUAUCUUCAUAUGCUGGAAUAUUAAUGAACAGCAUUCCUAUUGAAGAGAUCUUUGAGAUUUACAGCAUGAGGCCCUCAGCCACACACUGGCAGAGCUCUGCAAAUGACCACUGGAUUCAACCUUUCAAGCUCUCCCUACAUCCAUUUGCCAUGCUGACUGCCCCUGAAGCUGCAGAGUAUGCCUGGAAGCAAGGCAUCAAGUACCAGACAGCAGCAGCAUAUCAAAAGACCAACCCAUGUUCAGCAAGUAGAGCUAAAAAGGACAGCAAGCAACUGGACUCACUGACUAGACGAAAGCAACAGGUUGACAAAGAGGUGUCACUCAUGAGCUGUAAAAUCAACUCCAGUAAUACUCAACAUGCACACGGAAGACACUUCUGGGAGCCACAGAAGCAAAACAAGAAAUUGCUCCAGAGAAGCCUGGAACAGAGUCAAAAGCAAGGAAUGCAAAAGAAGCAAAGACAUAACAAAGACCCAGACUUCAUGUACCUCACUUAGCUGUAGAUGAGGUAACUGAUGUCUUCUACCUUAGCUUUGGUAAUACAUUUGCAACUUGUGUUUUGGUUUUUGGGGUUUUUUUUUUUUUUGUUUUGUUUUGUUUUGUUGUUUUUAAAUCUUAGCAGUCAUUCCUUUCUUUCCACCCCUCAUAUCUCGUAGCCAAGACCCUGACAUUCCCUCCUCUUCCCUUAGCCACAGCUCUCCUGCUUCCCUGCCAGUGUGUUGGGAGCUUACAUUUUCCCAGUGCAUCCCUACUGCUUCUCAACCCACCAUGCUACUUUUACAUAGCCAAAGAGAGGAUGCAGCACUUGAGAGACAGGGAUUACACACUUCCCCUUGUCCACAGUGCUGUGCAACUCCCACACGUGAUCCAGAGUGGGGCAGGAAUGAGCUUCCCUGCAUGUGACAUGAGGGUUUUGCCUCUCAGGAUGAUCCCAUUUUCUUCAGCUUUCCCCUGUAACCAUCCUGCUUUCUUAUUUCCUUAAAGGACUCAGCUGAAGAAAAAGCCUCUCCCUGCAGUGCCAGUGUAGCACUGAAGCCUAUCUGUCUUCCAUUCCCCAUUUGUAGGUCUCUAAUGGUUUGCCUCUGUUAUGUCCAUGCUGUGCUGCCCAAGAACACUCCCCAUUUCUUAGAGGGGCUGUCACAAUCCUCAUGCUUGUACAAACUCUACCUUGGGAAAAGAGUUGGGUGCACAUGGUUGUCCUUCCACAUCCCUCUCUUCCUCUGGCUGGAAGCCUGGGCACACAGUAUGGGCUGUUCUAUAGGACUUUUUCUACUUAAUUUCAUAGAAGUUUCAGGGCUCAGUGGGGUAGUAGAAGUGUUCACUGCUGAGAGGUGUAUUUAACACUAACUGCAGGGUAGAGAGACUCCAUUAGAGCUCUUUACAUAUAAAAAUGAUAGAAAUGAAGAUUCCCAGCUACUUCUAGCCAAAGGAUAGGCAUCCAUCCAAAGUAUGGUCACAUAUUGUUCAGCUGCAUUAACCCAUGCCUUGGAGAUGGUCCUGUACUCUAAUGCAAAAUAACUGCUAAAGGAAAAACCAAUAAACACUUGUGAAACAAAA